UUUCGUUUUCUCUUUCUUCUUCGUCUCUUCAAGUGAAAGGGGUUUAUAGGGUUUACGGUGGCUAAGCUCUCAAGCUUCACUUUCCCCAUUAAAAUCCUUUUCUUCAACCUCCGUACCCUAUACUUGUAUUGUUAGUUGUAAUUUUGGAUUAAAAAAUGGGAAUUUUUGAACCUUUCAGAGCUAUUGGUUAUAUCACAAGUAAUGUUCCGUAUUCAGUUCAGAGAUUGGGUACUGAAACUUUUGUUACUGUUAGUGUUGGUAAAGCUUGGCAGAUUUACGAUUGUGCUAAGCUGACUUUGGUUCUUGUUGGGCCUCAAUUACCAAGGAAGAUUCGUGCUCUUGCAUCGUAUCGUGAUUUUACAUUUGCUGCGUAUGGGAAUGACAUUGCGGUUUAUAAGCGUGCUCAUCAGGUAGCAACUUGGAGUAGACAUGGCGAGAAGGUCAACUAUUUGUUAUUGUUUGGAGACCACAUCUUAAGUGUUGAUAUUAAAGGGAAUCUGUUCAUGUGGGCAUUCAAAGGGAUUGAGGAAAAUCUUGCUCCAGUUGGACACAUUUUGUUGGACCAGAAAUUCACCCCUAGCUGCAUAAUGCAUCCAGAUACGUACUUAAACAAGGUGAUAAUAGGAAGCCAAGAAGGUUCAUUACAGCUUUGGAAUGUCAGCUCAAAGAAGAAACUAUAUGAGUUCAAGGGAUGGAAUUCAUCCAUCUGUUGUUGUGUUUCAUCACCCGCCUUGGAUGUUGUUGCAGUAGGUUGUGCGGAUGGCAACGUUCAUGUCCAUAAUCUUAAGUAUGAUGAGGAGUUAAUUACAUUUACACAUUCUACACGAGGUGCUGUGACCGCCUUGUCUUUCAGAACAGAUGGACAGCCUCUUCUAGCAUCAGGAGGUUCAUCAGGUGUUAUAAGCAUAUGGAAUCUUGAGAAAAGAAAGCUGCAGUCAGUUAUAAGAGAUGCUCAUGACAGUUCAAUUGUAUCGCUGCAUUUCUUUGCUAAUGAGCCGGUGCUUAUGAGUUCUUCGAUAGAUAACUCCAUAAAGAUGUGGAUCUUUGAUACAACUGAUGGGGAUCCUCGCCUUUUACGCUUUCGAAGUGGCCAUAGCGCACCUCCACGCUGUGUAAGGUUUUACGCAAAUGGAAGACACAUUCUAUCUGCUGGUCAGGAUCGUGCCUUUCGUCUUUUCUCUGUUAUUCAGGAUCAACAAAGUAGAGAGCUUUCUCAGCGUCAUGUAUCUAAAAGAGCCAAGAAAUUGAGGGUGAAGGAAGAAGAGAUAAAAUUGAAGCCUGUAAUUUGUUUUGAUUUUGCUGAAAUUCGCGAACGUGAUUGGUGCAAUGUUGUUACUUGUCAUAUGGAUACUUCACGGGCAUAUGUAUGGAGGCUUCAGAACUUUGUCAUUGGCGAGCAUAUCCUGACACCAUCAACGAGCGAGCGAACACCUAUUAAGGCUUGCACAAUCAGUGCUUGUGGAAAUUUUGCUUUCCUUGGGACAGAGGGUGGAUGGAUUGAGCGUUUUAAUCUCCAAUCAGGACAGAGCAGAGGUAGUUAUGGUGACAUGUCUGAAAGCAGAAACUAUGCUCAUGACGGUGAAGUGGUCGGGGUUGCUUGUGAUGCUACAAACUCUCUUAUGAUAAGUGCGGGAUAUCAUGGAGAUAUAAAGGUCUGGGAUUUCAAGGGGCGUCAUCUGAAAUCUAGGUGGGAUGUGGGUUCCUCUGUAGUUAAGAUUGGUUAUCACAGAGCAAAUGGUCUCUUAGCUACUGUGUCAGAUGAUAUGGUUAUCCGUGUGUUUGAUGUUGUGGCCUUAAGAAUGGUUCGAAAAUUUGAAGGUCAUACAGAUCGUGUUACAGACAUGUGUUUCAGCGAAGAUGGUAAAUGGUUAUUAUCAUCUAGUAUGGAUGGCACUCUUAGAGUCUGGGAUGUUAUCUUGGCAAGACAGAUAGAUGCAAUCCACGUUGAUGUAUCCAUAACUGCAUUGUCUCUUUCACCCAACAUGGAUGUCUUAGCGACUUCUCAUGUUGAGCAGAACGGGGUCUACUUGUGGGUCAAUCAGGCAAUGUUCUCGGGUUCCUCUAAUGUGGAUUCAUAUGCGAGUGGUAAAAAGGCUGUGAGUGUCAAACUGCCAGCUGUCUCUUCAAAUGGAGAUGCCGAUAAUGAUUCUGAUAACGCUACUGGGAACCAGUCACAAAACAAAGAUACUGUUGGUACCCCACGUCUAGAUUACCAAAUACCCGAUCUUGUUACCUUAUCAUUGUUGCCGAAGAGCCAGUGGCAAAGCUUGAUCAAUUUGGACAUUAUAAAGAUGCGUAAUAAACCAAUUGAGCCACCUAAAAAGCCAGAGAAAGCACCUUUCUUCUUGCCUACGGUUCCAACUCUAUCAGGAGACAUAGUGUUCAAGCCCAGUGAUUCGACUUUGGAGGAGAAGAAGGAAAAUCGUGACGCACUGGGGAACCACACGAGAGAUCACAAUUUACCAGCUUCCAAGUUUCUGCAACUUCUUCAAACCUCUGCCGACACAAAAAGUUUUGCAGUAUUCACAAAAUACAUCAAGGAUUUAUCUCCCUCAGCUCUUGAUAUGGAGCUCCGGAUGCUUCAGAUCGUAGACGAUGAUGAUGAACAGGAGCCUGAGAAGAGACCGGAGAUGCAUUUCAUUGAGCUGCUAUUGGAUUACUUCAAUCAUGAGACUUCCUGCAGAAACGACUACGAGUUCAUCCAAGCAGUGAUCAGACUGUUUCUGAAGAUUCAUGGCGAGACAGUUCGAUGCCACACACAACUACAGGCCAAGGCGAAGGAACUUCUAGAAGUUCAUAGUCCAACAUGGCAGAGAAUAGACAAAAUGUUUCAAAGUACAAGAUGCAUGGUUUCAUUUUUCAGCAACGCUCAAUUUUGAAUGUCCACAUUCGUGCGCGUUUUUGUUAAAAUUUUGAGUUUGUGUAUUAUAAGCACUUUGGGUGCGUUUGUGGUAACUGCUUGUUCUGGUGGCAGCAUUGAUAUGUUGUUUUUGUAAACUCUAAAGCCUUUAGGGCCACUUGAAUAUGAUUUCUACUUUCUAGGGUCUUUCUUUUUCUAAUUC